AUGACGACACCGCAAAGGCUUAAGGGCCUUGCCUGCGUCAUCACAGGCGGCGCCAGCGGUAUCGAACGGAGUACCGCCAAAAACUUUGUGGAGCAUGGAGCCGAGGUUAUCAUCGCGGAUCGGCAGGUGGAGCUGGGGGAAGCGGUUGCGAAGGAGCUGGGACCGGCGGUUACUUUCGUUAGGUGUGACGUCACCAAGGAGGCCGACGUCGCGGCCGCGGUCGACGCUGCGAUCGCGCGCCACGGACGGCUCGACGUCAUGUUCAACAAUGCUGGCGUCAUCGGGGAGCGGGGCCCGAUUGACCAGGCACGUGCCGAGGACUUUGACGCCAGUCUAGGCGUCAACCUGCGCUCUGUGUUCCUGGGUAUCAAGCACGCAGCCCGGGUGAUGAAAGAGCGCGGAACCGGGUGCAUUCUGAACACGGCAAGCGUGGUCGCGGUGACAGGGGGACGGGGACCGCACGGUUACGCGGCCGCCAAGGCGGGCGUGGUGGGGCUCACACAGAGCACCGCGCGCGAGCUGCGCGCGCACAACGUCCGGGUCAACUGCAUCCUGCCCGGGGCGGUGGUCACCCCGCUCACGCGCUCCCUCCGGCCGGAGACGCACGCCAAUAAAACGGAUGAGCAGGUCGGACAAUUCCUCGUAGACCGAGGAAUGGGCUUCGGGGGCCGUCAUAUUACGCCUGAUGACAUCGCAAACUUGGCAGUCUUUCUGGCCAGCCCUGACUCGUGCUUCAUCACGGGUCAAGGCAUAGUGACCGACGGCGGAAUGAUUGACCUGUACAAGGAUUCUUGGGACAUGUGCUUUGGAACAAGGGAAGAGGUAGCGAGGGAAGCAGGUUGUUAG